AUGUCGGAGGGGAGCCGACCCCGCAAGCAGCAGUACCUCAAGCUCCCCACUAGAUCCUCCUCCCCCACUGGGGAUGGCGCAAAAUCCUCUUCUCCGGCCUUGACGCUGACCCUCGUCUGCAGAUCCUUUUUGUCCCCACGGAUGCCCCGCCGCCGCCGGCUCCUCAUCGCCGCCAUGGCCGCGGCGCUCGUACUCGUCGUUCUCACCCUGCUCUUCCGGCCACGUUUCUUCUCCGUGCCGCGGGAAGCCGCCUCCAAAUCCAACGGCUUCUCGGAUUCCUCCGCUGCGGCGCCUAAGGCCAAAAUCUAUUUGUACGAUCUCCCGAGGAAGUUCACCUACGGCGUCGUCGAGAGCUACCUUCUUGCCAGAGUCCCCGCCGCCGCGGUCAGCAAGGACGAUGGCUCCUUCAGGUACCCCGGUCACCAGCACUCCGCCGAGUGGUGGCUGUUUACCGACCUGCUCCGCCAAGUCCGGCCGGCUACGUCGCCGGUGACCAGAGUUGACGAUCCGGAGGAGGCAGACUUGUUCUACGUCCCUUUCUUCUCUUCGCUCAGCCUAGUGGUGAACCCCAUCCGUCCGCUGGGCACGGGCGGUGCCGCCGUGGCCCCUGUCUACAGUGACGAGGGGAUGCAGGAGGAUCUGAUGCAGUGGCUGGAAGGGCAGGAGUAUUGGAAGAGGAACAUGGGGAGGGAUCACGUUUUCAUCUGCCAGGACCCCAAUGCACUGUACAAGGUGAUUGAUCGAGUGAAGAAGGGUGUUUUACUGGUGUCGGAUUUUGGUAGAUUGAGGGAUGACCAGGCGUCGCUGGUGAAGGAUGUGAUCCUCCCGUACUCUCACCGGAUUAAUCCAUUCAAAGGGGACAUUGGUGUCGAGGGGAGGAAAUGUCUGCUCUUCUUCAUGGGCAACCGGUACAGGAAGGAGGUGACCUUUCAUCCUUGCAUUUCUUCUUGUUGCCUUUCUUUUACUUCUAAAACAUGCACGGUUGCUUUUUCUUUCCUCUUCCUCUAGCUUUAAUAAAGGCGGAUAAAUGGAAAUGUUUUGAGAACUGAAAUUCUCGUCCUCGUAUCCUGGACUCUAGGCUGCCUUUUCGUUUCUUUUUCAUGUACACUAAAUCUUACCAAAAAACGGUAGCAUAUAGACUUUUCAUCUUCCUUUGGCAACAAGGAAAUAAAUGGUUAGGGAGGGAAGUACUUGGGCCUAUCAUCCUGGUUGAUCAUAGCUGUAUGGAAAGUAUAGCAAAAACCGUGGGGGGUUACCGCCAUGGACCAGAGCUUAUUUAUUCUUUUCUGAAACAAUUGACCAUUUGUCUUCAUUCAUCAUCCUUGUUGUGAGUCUUAUGUUCGAGUACUACUGCAUUUUUUUAUAUAUUUAUAUAUUUAUAUACUUCAUUCCUAAUGCAACAUUAUUAUUAUUUUUAGGGAGGGAAAGUUCGUGACACGCUCUUUCAGGUGUUAGAGGGUGAAGAAGAUGUGGUUAUAAAACAUGGGACUCAGUCGCGAGAGAGUCGGCGCAUGGCAACACAGGGGAUGCACUCAUCCAAGUUCUGUUUACAUCCUGCUGGAGACACCCCUUCAGCUUGUAGGCUUUUUGAUGCUAUUGUUAGUCUUUGUGUCCCUGUGAUUGUCAGUGACGAUAUUGAGUUACCUUUUGAGGAUGUGUUAGACUACAGAAAAAUUGCCAUAUUUUUAGAUACUAAAUUAUCUGUGAAGCCUGGGUAUUUAACCAAGCAUUUGAGGAACAUAAAGACGGAAAGAAUUCUGGAAUACCAGCGGGAGCUUAAAUCUGUAAGGGAACCUUCAUUACUAGCUCUCUUACCCUCUCCAUAUUUCUUGUUUAUUACAAUCCCUACGAAUGCUGGUUAAAAAAAUUACAAUCAGUGUUGUCUUUUUUGGUGAAAUUGUGUAUAUUUUUUGAAUAGUCCAGCUAAUUCUGUAACAUCCUGUCAAUAUUGGUUUUAAGUUGUGUUUUUUUUCCAUGUUUCUUUGUAAUUGAUGAAUCUGAGUCAUUGUUCAGGGAUAAUGCAAAGCUUUUAGCAAAAAUCUACCUGAUCCAAACAGUCAUAUACAUGGUAGUUAUUAGAAACAUUGGAGUUCAUGAGAUUGAAUUUCUCUCUUCUCUGAGAAAGAGUAUCUUUGUGAUAUUUGGGGCUGGAAGGUCUGUCUAGAUAUUCUUUCUGAUGCCGUUGCUUUGCUGAGAAAAAGAUUCAAAUAUUUCGCUUGGACAUGGGGAUUUUAUUUCCUAUAAAAUUAAAAUAAAUUCAAACUGUGGAAUAUUUUUAUUCUUUCUGAUGCGUGCACAGCUGAUGAAUAUUUCUGUGGAAUGAAGCUAAAUGAAUAUCUCCCUGAAAAAGUAUAAAGAAUGGUAAAAGGUCGCAUAUCAUCAGCUGUGCACGCAUAAUGGCUGCUUACAUUUUAGUCAGGUCAAAAAGAACUUGUUUAACUAUUUGGCGGAUUGCAGCCAUUGGGGUGGAUAUCACAUAAUUCAUGUUGCUUUUUCCUAGGGACCCCAGUAUUCCCAUUUUUUUUUCACUUUCAUGUGUCAAUGCAGUCGUUUUAGUGCGUUAGUUCCAGCAUUAAACAUAGGUUGUCUAAUCUGUAAGUUUGAUAGACUUCAAGUCUGAAAUGGUUGGCACCGGACCAAAGACUUCAUCAUUCCCCUCGCUUGUUCGUUGAAGUCUAGAAGGACAUUCAGAAUAGCAAUAUUGUAAAUCUUGAGGAAAGUUAAAGGGUUUAGAGGUGAAAUUCUAUCUGUUGAAUGUAGGCUUACGUCGUCUCCCACUCUAAAUAUUCUGUUUGCUAUGUGAUCUUCAGCUUUUGAAAUUCCGGAUAAAACACAGAUAAAUGUUGAAAUAAUACUUUUAAUUCUAUUCCUGUAACGGCGUAGCAAGGAAGGGAGAACAACUUUUGAAUUUUGCUUUUGUCCUGGUUGAUCAGGUGUUGGUAAGUUGAGUUGGCUUUUCUGAAAGUCUUGAUCGGGUGAGUUGGUAUAGUUCCGAAUCGUUUCUUUGGGGCUUGCAUUAACUGAUGUUUUUGUUUUGUUUUUCAUCAUCUAAUUCUUUCGUCUCUACUAAUUAUUUUUGCACCUGUAUGAGAGUAUUAUUCUCUGAUGCUCUGUGGAAUCAGAUAAUCUGCUAGGAGUUGUGUCUGAUUGACAUCAAUGACUCAAAAUAUAUUUUCUUCCUUUUCACUCCUAAUUUUACUUUCAGGUGAGUCGGUAUUUUGAAUACGAAUAUCCAAAUGGAACAGUAAACGAAAUAUGGCGACAAGUCUCUGCGAAGCUUCCUCUGAUCAGGCUCAUGAUCAAUCGUGACAAGCGGCUGGUUGAAAGAUCACCUGGUUCAGGCACGUCCUGUAUUACUUCUGGCUAG